AAAAGCAAUUUCGAAUGGGCUCUUAAACAGCACAACCAGCUAUUGGUCCAUUUCUAUGCGCCUCUUUCUGGCCAGUCCCUUGGCUCCAUCCUUGAGUUUAGAGAAGCAGCCGGUGCGCUGAAGGAAGCAGAGUCUGAUGUGAGACUUGGAGGAGUGGAUGUGAAAAAGGAAAAAGAUCUUGCCGCAUCCCUUAAUGUCACAAGAAUACCAUCACUACGGCUGUACCUGUCUGGAAACAAGAACAAUCCAGUGUACUGUCCAGAUCUUAAGAGCUCUGCCACAAUCCUGACAUGGCUUGAAAGAAGAAAAGGGCAGAGCGCUAACAUCAUCAGUAAUCUCACACAGCUGGAAAAAUUCAUAGGAGAAGAGGAGCUUGUGGUGCUGGGAUUAUUUAAGGAUCUUGAGGAAGACAUAGUGAAAGUGUUUUAUGAAACAGCCGCUGACAUCGCAGACCUGCCCUUUGGAGUAACAGGAAAUGAUGAGAUCUUCAGCAAGUAUGAGAUCAGUGGAGAUACCGUUCUCCUCAUCAGAAAGUCUAAACCUGACAAGCAGUUUGAGCUGGGAAGCAGCACAGUGAAGACAGAUCUUGUUCAGUUUAUCAGACUGUAUGAGAUGGAACUUGUGACCGAGUACAAUGGCGAGACAGCAUCCAAGAUCCUGAACUCAGUGGUGCUGAACCAUUUUCUUCUGUUUAUUAAUAAGACUGAGGAAGGAUUUGAAGAGACAUACCUUGCUUUUAAAACCACUGCGGAAAAACUCAGAGGGAAGGUUCUGUUUGUGAUGAUGGAUGUGAGUGAGCCACGGAAUGGCCGAGUUAUGGAGUAUUUCCGUGUGAGAUCAGAAGAAGUGCCUCAGAUCCGUAUGGUCAAUUUAUCAGACCACGUUCAAUACCAGCUGCCAUCUGAUAAGUUUGACACACAGACUCUUUUAGAGUUCUGCCUAAAAUACCUGGAUGGGAAAGCAAAGCCUAAACUGCAGAGUGAGUCAAUUCCUGAAAACUGGGACACGCAGCCAGUGAAAGAGCUGGUCGGGAUGAACUUUGAAAUAGUGGCCUUCAACCAUAACAAAAAUGUCAUUGUCUUGUUCUAUGCACCUUGGAGCAGCGAAAGUCGUGCACUGUUUCCAUUGUGGGAAGAGCUUGCUGAACACUUUCGUGAAAAUGAAGAUGUUGUUGUUGCCAAGAUUGAUGUUACUGCAAACGAUGUAAACAUUCAUCUAAGAGAAAAAUACCCAUCAAUCAAAUUAUUUCCUGCCGUUUAUUCAGAGAGGGUAGUGCCAUAUUCUGGCAAGAGGAAGCUGAAGCCUAUUGUAACAUUUAUGAAAAAAGAGAUUGAGAAAGCCAAAACAGACAAAGCCAAGGAGGAGGAACGGAGGAAGAAAUAUCUGAAUGAACAGAAGGCUGCUGUGAAAGAGGAACUCUGAUCACUCACUGUAAUCGCAAGAACUAAAGCAGUUUUAUUGAUUUCUUCGAAACUAACAUUUUAAUGUUUUAUAUCAAACUCUUUCCAAUUUAAAAAUGUUUUUGUAAUCAUGAAUGUAACAAGUAUUUUCAGUAUGUACAUGUGUGAAAACAAGAUGCUAUAGUUACAGCACUGACUGGCUGGUUACCCACUGAUACCAUGUUUAUGAUAUGUGACCCUGGA